UCGGAGACAAAACUCUUAUAGCCCAACAUUAACAUUCAGAAAACAUCUCUCCCUAUGGCCUACACAAUGACAAACACAAGCAGUUCAAACGUCAGAGACGAGCGGCAAUCUAACAGACUACAGAGACGGCUUCCUUCUUUAAAGAUAGAGAUUACGUCCGUUACUACGUGGAACGUAGCCAUCCCUCUGCUCUCGCCGCUAGCUUCUUCCCCCAAAUCAUCCUUGGACCAAUCUGAUGUUAGUCCGUCGCAUAACCAGGCUGAGAAACCGGCAGAAGAAGUGAAGAAGACGCCAGUUUUCAAGAAGUGGCAGCAUCCGGCGUCGCCGUUCUGCUACGACCAGACGACGUUUGUCCAACCGUUCAUCUCGGUAUAGAAAGGGUUUCAUAGAGAGUUAAUGAUCCAACGCGCAUUCUGAAGCUUGUUCGUGUGUCAACGCAUGUUUAACCUUUUUUUUUUCACCUUUUGUGCGUAGAAUACUAGAAUCUAACAACUCAUCAUUUUCUCUUGUUGUUUAGGAUGUAAUCAAGAUUAUUUAAUUUUCUAGUAACAUUAACCAGUCAAAAGACACGUUCCACAUAUGAUGUAUUAUUUUGUCUUUUCAUACAGUUUUUAGUAAUUGUGAAUGGGUAUAUAUAUAUAUAUGGAAACCGUUUGUUUCUGGCUCCAUCGACUAUUGUUGUCAUUAAUAUAUGGAUUUUUAUCUA